GCAAGAACAGUCAGUGUUCUUAACUGCUGAGCCAUCUCUCUAGCCCUGCACCUGAGACUCUACAUGAAUGGGAUAGGCCCUGGUGGUCAGGAACAUGGCUACCUAAAGGAAACAGGAUCCAGGGUUCUUGAGGGAAUGGAGGGUGGGGUUUUUGAUCUUUGAGAUGGAAUGUGGUGAACUUGGGAGGUUUAGGUAUUGGUCCAGCUGGGGAGGAAGGAGUUAAGUGUCUCUGCUGUCACCUCAGCAGGGUAUCACAUUACCUAGGUCCAGGUUCCACUGGGAAGGGGUGGAGCUAGGCUGGCCCCUGGGCCUCUCUAUAGCUUCAGGCCUGGUUGAAUCCCGCUGAGAAGGACCAAGGGACACUACUGGCUACAAAACAGGCUCUUACUGGGCGUCCUCAUGUGACUGUCCCCUGCCCCCCAGCCAUGGCUCUGUCCCUACCUCUCAGUCUUGGACUCCCCUCAGAACCCCUCAGCCAUCCCCCUGGAGCUCCAAGGGAGCUGGACAUUGCUGGACGCACCAUCUGCCCUAUGCCUGGAGAAGAGACAAGCAGGCCACAGCAGGCCCAAGUCUCCCUGGAUCUUCCUGAGUGCAUCCAGAGUGGGCUGAAGGACACUGAGCCUACGUACAGCCCCCCAAGACCACCAGUGGCCUCUACCCAUGAGCACCCAGAUGUGGGCAAACACUGUGAGCACCCUGUUUCUGGCCUGGAGGUACUGCAAGCUGAGCAGGACAGCCUACAUCUUUGCCUGUUGGGGCUAGGUCUCCGGCUACAGGACCUAGAACAAAGCCUUGGACCUUGGACACUGGCUUACAGCAGGAUAGUCCAGAUGCAGGCCCUACAGGCAGAGCUACGAGGGGCAGCUGAUCGCGUGGAUGCAUUGCUGGCAUUUGGUGAGGGGCUGGCACAGCGAAGUGAGCCGAGGGCCUGGACGUCUCUGCAGCAGGUCCUGAGGGCCCUUGGAACCCACCGAGACACCAUUUUCAGAAGGCUCUGGCAACUGCAGACCCAGCUGGUCAGCUACAGCCUGGUACUUGAGAAGGCAAACCUCCUGGACCAGGACUUGGAAGUCGAGGGAGACUUGGACGGGCCAGCACCUGGUGGGGUCUGGGGGCCUUGGGCACCCAGUAACCUCCCCACUCCUGCAGAGUUGGAAUGGGAUCCAGCAGGGGAUGUUGGGGGUCCUGGGCCCUCCAGGCAAAAGAUACCUCGGAUACCAGGAUCUCCCUGUGAGCUAUGUGGCCACAGGGGGCUUCAAGGCAGCGGACAGGGCCCUGAGGACAUGUUUACUUUGGGGCUCAGCCACCGGAAACAUUUAGCGGGUUACAGAAGGCGCCCCUUGCUCCGGAAGCCUCAGGACAAGAAGAGGCAAGAUUCUCCCAGUCUCCCAGAUGUGAUGCUGGAGGUCGAUCAUAGGGUCCCUGCGCCUGCAUCCAGGUGGCCCCUGACCAUCUUUCUCCUUCUCCUCCUCUUCCUUCUGGUGGGUGCCACAUUGCUGCUGCCCAUAUCAGGGGGCCCCUGCUGUUCUCACAUCCGACUGGCCAGGACGCCCUACUUGGUGCUCAGCUAUGUCAAUGGUCUCCCUCCAAUCUGAAUGCACAGCCCAAAUGUAUGUAAUAAAUAACUGCUGUCAA